AUGACCUAUUUUCUCACUUAUUUCCUCCUAUUCACGGUCAUUAUCGGAGGCACAGCACUUUACCUCACAAGGUCGCGAUGGAUGCACUUGGUCCAAGUACCGGAUUACCUCUAUCAUCGCCUCCCGUCAAGCUUUACAGCCGAUCUAGAGGCCGGAAUGAGCUCAUCUCAAUUUGACAUUACGGCAAACGUCGCCGACGGCGACACGAGAGCUGGCCUUGAUCAAAACGCCAAGAGGGAGAUACGAAAGAUCAUGAAAGGUCGCAGGGUCAACUUUGAUGAAGCACGUCGCAUCUACACGGAACAACGAUUCGCAAAGAAUAAUAUUGGGCCCGAUGGCCGGCCAAGGGACCCGAAAUUCGUCUCGUUCUCAUGA